AUGUGGCACACACGACGGCCCAUGGAAAAGAUGCAGAAUGUCUACAAAGGAGAUCCAAAACUCGGAGAUCCUAACUCAGACUGUCAGAGGGCCACGAUAGUCUGUUUUGAAGGCGUCCAGGGCCAACAGGGAGGGGCUUCCCCGCGGCCGUCCCCAAAGAACAAGAAGAAGAACGACAAAAACGGGAAGAGUGAACCGGUUCCAGCACAGAAGGCACAGGCCGCCCCACAACCUCCGCCCGUAUCGUCUCCGCCUGACGAAGGGGCGGAGUCGUUCUCCGAGCCAGAGGAGGAGGAGGAAGGGGAGGAGGAGGAUGAAGAGGACGGGAGAGAAGGGGUCGUUAUUUAUGACUUUUCACUGGAUGUUGUGGAUAUUCAUGAGCCGUGUGGUCCAGAGGUGUAG